AUUUAUGCAGGCGUUAUAUUAUAUGGAGGACCUGUGGCAAGUUCUCUGUUAAAUAUUCCACAAGCACAUUCAUUUCAUCAUGAGUACAGUUCGCUGGCUUGCACCGUCGAAAUUGUGGAUGACGUGUAUGCAGCUAUUGAUCAUAUAAAUCUGUAUGGAAGUGCACAUACUGAUUCGAUCGUUGCUGAAGAUAACGAAGUAGCUAAUGUGUUUCUACGCCAAGUAGACAGUGCUGCUGUUUUUCACAAUGCAAGCACCAGAUUCAGUGAUGGGGCACGAUUUGGACUAGGCGCCGAGGUUGGAAUUAGUACAAGCAGGAUUCAUGCUCGAGGUCCAGUAGGAGUUGAGGGAUUGUUAACAACAAGAUGGAUACUAAAAGGAAGGGGACAAGUGGUAGAUGGUGAUAGAAGCGUUGUCUACACCCACAAAGACCUUGCAAUUUAAUUUUAAUGGUGCUUUGAUUCCUUUUGUAGCCUUUUCGUUUUUUUUUUCAAGUAGAGAACGACAUUUGUACGGUUAAAUAAAACCGGGUAAUUUAUAUCAUUUGCUUGUUCCUUUUUGUCUAGAA